GUCGGUCUGCUGCGCAUAAGCCGAAUUCUCUGAGCCGAUGCUUCGUCAUGCAUGUCUGCAAGGCGCUUUGCAGUCCGCUGGGCAGCAUGAAAGACCACCUCUAAAACAAUCCUAUAGCUCGGCUUCUCAUGCCACGUCGUUUCUCCGUCCUAUUCUAAAGAACAAAUGGCCAGAGACUUCCCAUUGCCUGUCGGAGUAGUUCCCGAGUGAGUUCCUGCUCUGCGCUGGCCUCGGGAACGGCGCGUUAAACUGCGUGACGCAGUCUGGCAAGCCGUUCCCUGCCCUUUUUUUCGUACGCCGUCCUUCUGUGGCCCCCCGCUAGCUUUUUUCCGUCAGUAUUGCUUUACCGUGUCUAGCGUGGUACAUCCUCCGUUUUCCAAGACCAAGAACGGACAAGGACACCAGACUCAAGUUUGUUCCGCCGCACGGAGCUAGCGCAAUGUCCCUGUCCGUGGCCUUUUCUACUUCAGUAGAAGUGUGAUGUGCUUUUCCUCGCUUUUGUCCUUGAGGUAGCAGGAAAGCAAGUCGGGCAAAAACCGAGUCUCCUGACUGAGUUCUUCUCCAGCGAACUUCCCUGCCGGUACUUCAGUGGACACUACGGUAGAGCCUCAACUGUACAGACGUCAGAGUGACCCAGGUUUCCUCGAGGCUGUCGUCUGAUUUUCCUAGGGAUUCACCACGCUUGCUAGAGAGCUGUGGAGGUGCCGGCGAGCGGGCUGUUCGUUGUUUUGUAAAUUUGGUAGUUGUGCCUUUUCCAGAACUCGCACCGGCUGAGGCGGCACCCUUUUUUCCCUCGUCGCCGUCUGCUGUAGGUUGAGAGGUUCUCGUGUCUGGUAGGGUUUCCAAACUUUUUUCAGUUGCGCAGGAGAGAGGGCUCGGAGGUUCUGUUCUUACCACGAGCCUUCGCCUGCCCAUCUUUUUCCUCCGCCUUUUUUGGUACACGGUACGCACACACGGGAGAGGCACCGUCUGCGCUUUCUAGUCGGUGUAUUUUUCCUGGAGUCCUUCACCCGUGUUGCCCUAAGGAAACAUCGUUUCCUCAAGUUGUGGGUGGCUUUAGUCCUCUGCCUGUAUAGACUGGUCAAUUGGUCUCGCGUUGAAUUCCCGUGGCGGGGGUUGCAGCGUCGUUCGUGCAGUCCUUUCCAGAAUGGAUGAGGAGAAGAAACAGCGCCUUUUGGACGCGCUGGAGCGCCGCCUCGUGCUCUGCGAAGAGGCUGUAGGCAUGGACCCUGCGAAGCAGAAAGCUAUGGCGGCGCUUGGAAUGAAGAAGUCACAGGUGGCAGACUUCAACUUGUCUUUGGUUAUGAACAUUUGCCGGCUACACCAUCAAGCGAAUCAGCUGUUCCGUGGGAAUCUCUUCGAAGUGGAAGAACGAUAUGAGCAAAUGAAAGUGUGGCUCGAGAACGAGCAGUCAGCAGCUUUAAACCUCAUGAUGACCCUUGAAGCGAAGAGAGCCUACGUUCUUCAGCACGAAGAGAUGCUCAGAGAGACGGCCGCACAGCUGCGGCACCUGCAGGAUCUCGAGCAAUUCGUGAACCCUCCUCAACUUUCGGAGCUGGAAAGCUUCAAAGAACGGCUGAAGGCUCUGGAUGAACAGGGGAAUGAGCUGACGGACAGGGCCAUUCGCCUUCAGGGCAAAAUUAUGAACAUCGCGCAAGCGUACAACACCACGAUGAAUAUGCUUGCCAGCGUUUUUGAAGAGUGGCACGAGCAGCUGACAGAGGAAGAAACGAAGCCUUCGAGUACAGCAGCGCAGUAAAACGAGUACGACGUAGGCACACCACUUCCUUCUAAGUCCACCUUUCACUCGACUCUGUGUGUUCUUAUGAAACAGCGAAUGCCGUUUCGGUUUCGCUGGAUUCUUACACUUCUCCCCGAUCUUCUUCCUCGAUCGCUAACACCGUUUCUAUGUCUUUUUUGCUUCGUGAUUGGAACAAUCCGGCACCACAACAAGGUCAGAGCCUCUGAAAGCCGAGAGACGAUUCCGUUACGAAACGAGAGUGGUCAAAACGAUCCUACGCAUGCUUCCACUUACUGUGGGCCUACAGAGAAAACGCAAAAUGACACUACAUUCCCUUAUUCUUGUCAAUGACACAACCCCUUUAGCAAACUGCACCGAGAAAGAGUUUUUUCCGGACUGCGGCGAUGCCUCGUAUUUGCUAAGACUGCUCGAACGCACUCAUGGCGUCGACACAAAGAAAGAGGAUGUAAUGGCUUAAACGAUGCGGUGUGCGACUGCAUAAAAUGACGAA